GGAAACGAAAGCGUCGGGUAGGAGAACGGACUUGUUGCCACAACUGCACCGGUUUCCGAAGAUAGUUUGAGUCGUUCUUGGUUGUCACUUCUUCAACACCUACAAAAAAAGCAGCCAUGACAUCUAAAGGUGCUAAAGAAACCUUUGUCACCAAGUUGGGUUUCAGAUCGGGCGGAUCGUCCUCCAAAGCUGAGGCAGAGCUGGACAAGGUCAGGAAGGAGAACACUCACCUCAGGAGGAAGAUCGAUGAAAUGGCAAAACGACAUGUCAAACCACCUGACUCAGACAAAAGCAAGCUACUGGAGAGGAUUCUUUCCCUCGAGACACUUCGAGAGAGAAACAAUCAGCAGCUGCUUGUCAAAGAACAGGAACUAGAAACUCUCAGACAGCAGCUAACAGCUAGAGGAGGAGAGGUGGUAGCAUCACUGCAGGCCCAGCUGGAGCAGCGAAGGAAGGAGGCAGAGCAGAGAGAUAUGUUGUUCCAGAACUUGUCACAAGAGACAGAGAACCUGAAAAACCAGCUGGUCACUUUUUCUACCAGGUGCCAAACUCUGGAAGCACAGGUGGUGAAUGGACAGGCGCCUCCUGCAGACCUGGCUCUGGUGCAAGAUCAGCUAAAAGAUGCUCUGGAGAAGAACCAGCAGUGGCUGGUGUACGACCAGCAGAGAGAGGCCUAUGUUCAGUCCGUCCUCGCUCGCACUAAGGAGCUGGAGCAGCAGCUGGCCCAGGCGACGCAGCAGCUACAAACCAAGCAGGAAGCCACUUCAGAUGGAGGGAAAGCUCUUUUAGACUCCACAGGUCCAGAUAAGGACGCUCAACUGAAGAGCCAGUAUGACCAGUUGCUCCUGAAUGUACAGAAGGACCUGGACAGCCAAAAAAAUUUGGCCACCAAAACCCAACAGGAGCUUGAUUUACAGAAGAAACAGACGUUGAACGCUCAGGCGGAGCUGCAGUCCCAGAAGGACCAGGUCACCAGGCUCCAGGAGGAGACAUGCAGGCUGCAGAGGAAGUAUGAGGACAAGUGCAGCGAGCUGUCAUCCUUUAUGAGGAAAUACAAUGAGAAGAGCAAAGAACUGGAGGAAGCCAAGAUGCAGCUGCAGGCUGAGCGGCUAAGCAACAGACAUGAAGUAUGUGAGGAGAGGAAGGCAUCGUCUGAUCGAGCAGACAGAAUGAAAGCUGAGCUGGAGUGUAUGGACAUCAGACUGGAGGAGGAGAGGAAGAGAUCUGCUGAACUUCUGCAGCAGGUCAAUAUGUUGCAAAAGUCUCUUUUGAGCCAAAAUGAAGAACAAAGGAGGUUUGCAGCUCUGGAGCAACAGAUCCAGCUUUCUGCCAAGGACUUCGAGAAUGAAAAGAUUGAUCGUCAGAGCAUGCAGCACCAGUUACAUAAGGUUUUGAAGGAGCUCCGCAAGGCCCGAGAUCAGAUUGCCAAACUGGAGUCUGCUAAGCAGACAAACACCCGUUUUUCAGAGCCCAGCUCUUAUAACGACCUGGAGUUUGAGCGUCUGACCCUUGACGGGCCGACAUCUCCCUCUAAAAUCACAAGCCUCCUGGAUGAGAGUUUCCUGGAGUGCCCCAAGUGUCGGGCCCACUAUCCCACCAGUCGCCACAGGGAGCUGCUGGCACACAUCGACUUCUGCUUAGCCUGAGUCCAGAUGUUUGUUCACUGCCUCAGUGAUUGGGCCUCUUCUCAAUCAAGAAGGUCAGCAAGAUAGCUAAGCAAAGAAAAUAAAAGAUUUAUGAUACAUGCA